AUGUCGUCGUCCCCUUCAAAGGUGCUGGCCAAGCGAAAUUCCGAAACGGCUCUCAUGCCUCCGCCUCCACCUUCAUUCAAACGGCAGAAACGACCCGGGAAGGUGCUGGACGAGGAUGUGUAUUCUGACGCGAUAUCCCAUAUUGUUGCUCGAGACUUCUUCCCCGGACUAUUGGAGACGGAGGCACAGAAAGAGUACUUGGAAGCUCUUGAUUCGAAUAACAGAGACUGGAUCAGAGAUGCUGGAAGGAAGUUGACGCAAGUCAUGACACCCGUCCCAGAUGGGCAGCGCAGGAGCGGCAGAGGAACCAGUUUUACACCCAGAAGAUCUGCUGCGCUUGGAGAUACACCGCGAAGCUAUGUUGGGGAGACUCCGGGGCAGACUCCAUCAGUAAACAGCGAUUUUGCUCCGGAAGAGCGCAAACCAGAGGUGGACUUGAACCUUUCACUGGGUGCUUUCCAGGCGAAAUACACAUCUGAAGACAACGAGAGCUUCAACGCGUUGCUGGACAAGCAAAACGAGAAGCGCGCGGCGAAGUACGGCUUUUUCCACAACGGCAACAAGAUUCCGUCUGCACGGCAGCUCGCCUACCGGGAGAGGGAGCAGAAGCUUCUGCAAGAGAAGGAAACUUCAUCAUCCGCCAUGGUCGCUACCGACAGUAAAACAGUGAAGGGUGACUCCGCCUUGAUUACCACCAAUGCUGUAGGGGAAGAACGAGUUGCACUGGCACCGAACAGACCAUCCGCAGACCUGGACGCUCGUCUGGCAUCUGUGGACAGCUUUCCAAGCCGUCAGGGCCCUCGGAAUCAUUUCAUGUUYGGGCCCGAAGGCAUAGAGGAUCAGCUUGUAACACGUGCUCAACUUGCGGAGCAGUCUUCGAAUGCACCCCCAAAGGCAGUUACCUAUGGAGCAACGCGAUUCCGCACAGCCGUGGAACCUGAUCAUGCAAUACCAGCCAGCCCGUCGAUGAGUGCGGUUGACGCUGCCAUCGCUGGACGUCCCUUGCCAACAGAAUCCGAAUCUGGCUAUGGAGGCGCCGAGACCCCUCGCGUGAACGGAUAUGCGUUUGUAGACGCCGAACCUACACCUAGGGAGCUUGGUGUGCCGGUGAGCGAUGAUGAAGCGGAUGCUGCGGAGCGUGAGGCUGCGACGCGUCUCCUGCCCAAAGUCGAUGAGUCCCCCAACCCAUUUCACAUUGCGAACCGUAGUAAGCGGGAGGAUGUGCUGAUGAGGUUGGUCGAAAAGGCUGAUGCUCAGCGAAGGACCGGCGGCAGGAUGGAACAGCUUCGCACUAUGGGUAUUACGCCCGGAAGAACGCCCACUCCGAGAUUCACCUCUGGGCCUAAGUUGAGGCAAGGUACAGCCAUGACUCCUGCCGCUCAAAGCUUAGCCAACAGGAUUGGGACUCCAAGACGGGGAGACGGUAGUUUAUUUGCCAGCGGCCGGAAGGACAAGGCAGGCUGGACCCCCACGCCACGGAUCAAACGACCAGAUUGA